AAUAUCCACAACAAAUGCUGGAAAAUCUCAAAGCUAAGUCUAAGAAUUAGAAACCCCGAAACCCUGAGCCAAUCAGUGAUCAAAAAAGAUUGAAAAAGUGCAAAGCAGCAGAGAAAGUGCAACCGAAAGAAUCCCGUGAUUCGAAACUGAAAACCGAACAAAACAGAAACCAAAACACAAUCGAAAGCCAAUACGAAAAGCGAGCAACUUGCAACAGAAACUCAGAAACAACAGAAAACACAGAAACAGCCAAGAAGACAAGUGAAAGUGAAAGUGCAGCGGCAGCCAGGAGUCGCGAGAGGAGUCGAAGCCCGCAAGCCGGAGCCCAAGCCGGUAGCCCCGACCGGGAGAUGCAGUUGCAGAUGCAAGUGCAAGUGGAGACGCAGAUGCAGGUGUCCAGCUGCCCCACACACAAGAACUUAAACAAUAAACAUUAAGAGAAAAAACAACAAAUACCCACAGAAUACAGAGAAUAAAGAGCGAGUAUCAACAGCUCCAGAGAAAGAAGAUAUUGCCCGCAUUUUCGGGACCCAAAAGUCGCCCUACCUUUCUACAAAGGGGGCAAAUUAACAGCCGCCAACAUACGCAAGAAGGUGACCUCGAAGAAGGCCAGCGUUGUGUCGGUUGACGACGAUCACAACAACAAUAACAACCACAACAACGACCACAACGCUCGGCAGGCAACACCAACACUAGCAAUCCAUACACCCACUACCACCACCACCCCCAGUCGGACACCCACAUUGACACCGAUUGCCACGCCCACACCAACGCCCACACCCACAGCCACGCCCACGCCCACACCCACACCCAAACCGGACACAGCUGAGGGACAGGAUUAUCAAAGCAAAAUGGACGACACACAGCACUUCUGUCUCCGUUGGAAUAAUUAUCAGAGCAGCAUCACAUCGGCAUUUGAGAAUCUGCGCGACGAUGAGGCCUUUGUGGAUGUCACCCUCGCCUGUGAGGGGCGCAGCAUUAAGGCGCAUCGCGUUGUCCUCUCCGCCUGCAGUCCCUACUUCCGCGAAUUGUUGAAGAGCACACCCUGCAAACAUCCUGUUAUACUCCUGCAGGAUGUGAACUUCAUGGAUCUGCAUUCGUUGGUGGAGUUCAUAUAUCAUGGAGAGGUCAAUGUGCAUCAGAAGUCACUGCAGUCCUUCCUCAAGACAGCCGAAGUGCUGCGUGUGUCAGGACUCACCCAACAGCAGGCAGAGGAUACGCAUAGCCACCUGGCUCAAAUACAGAACCUGGCCAAUGCCGGCGUCCGUACGCCCCUCAACUCUCACGCCCAUCCACAUCCACUCCAUGGCGCGCUCCAUGAUGAUGGUGGCGCCUCGACACUGUUUAGCCGCCAGGGAGCUGGCUCCCCACCGCCGCCACCACAGUCGCUGCCUCCGCACCUCAACAACCAGAUUCUGAAGCGCAUGGCCAUGAUGCACCGCAGCAGUGCGGCCGCCGCUGCGGAGGAGACCUCUCAUGCCCUCAAGCGUAUGCGUGGAUCCGCCGACAAUGGUCUGCCUCUCGGCAGUGGCAGCAACAACAACAGCCCGGACUUGCCACCCAUUCAUGCGCGCAGCGCAUCGCCCCAGCAGACGCCGGCUGACUUUAGUACGAUCAAGCACCACAAUAACAACAAUACACCGCCGCUAAAGGAAGAGAAACGCAACGGACCUACUGGCAACGGAAACACUGGCAACAAUGGCGCUAGCAAUGGCAACGGCAAUGGCAUCUCCAUCAGCGACAAACUGGGCAGCCUCACACCCUCACCCCUGGCCCGCGCCGCCGCCGAUGAUCAGGUCAAGUCAGAGCCCAUGGAGCUGGUGUGCUCCAACAACAAUGCCAAUCCCAAUGAUGAGCACAGCAAUGACUCCACCGGCGAGCAUGAUGCCAAUCGCUCGAGCAGCGGUGACGGUGGCAAGGGCUCCCUAAGCUCUGGUAAUGAUGAGGAAAUCGGUGACAGUCUCGCCUCACAUCAUGCGGCACCACAGUUCAUCAUGUCGCCGGCAGAGAACAAAAUGUUCCAGGCAGCCGCCUUUAACUUCCCAAUGACCAAUCUCGAUCAUCCAUUGCUUGGUCUCAACACACAAUUGCAGCAGUCCGGUGAUCUUGCCGUGUCCCCACAAGGUGGCAGCACCGGUGGUGGCAGCCUACUCGGCGGCGUCAUAGUGCCCGGCGGUAGUGGCAAUCCUUCUAGUAAUAGUAGUAGCAACAACCAACAACAACAACAACAACAACAACAACAACAACAACAAGUAGACCAACAACAAUCAUCACAACAACAACAACACCACCUCCUCCUCCAACAACAACAACAACAUCAUUCCACACAACAUAAUCCACAACAACAGCAUCUGCAACAGCAGCAGCAACAACAACUGAAACAAGAACAACAACAGCGCAACAGCAGCGGUGGCAGCAACAUCAAACUCGCCCACGAAAGGGAAAGCCUUUCCCGUUCCUCGCAUGGCGGUGCCACAGAUGGGCAUGUGGGCACACCCUCGCCCUCACCCCAGGCCUACCACAAGCGGGAGAGAGAGCGCGAGAGGGAGCGUGAGAGGGAACGUGAACGCGAACGGGAGCGAUCGCUCGACCGAGAGCGGGACAUUGAGCCGUCGGGCACAGGAUCAGGACCAUCUUCGCCGCCACUACCACCGCCGACCUCGCAUCACUCACAUUUCGGACAGCAUCCGCUGUCCCUGCUGCCCAGCCACCAUCAGUUGCAUGCCACACAUCACGAAUUGACCGCCGCCGCCCAUCAUGCCCAUGCCCAUGCGCACGCUGCCCAUGCCCAUGCGCUGGCACGGGCGGGAUCCCCGCUAGAGCAUCACCAUUUGCUGCACCACCGACGCGCCUCGCUGUCGCCUUCCGCUGCCGCCGGUAGCAGCGGUGGCGGUCGUGGCUCGGCCGCCGGCGGACCUGGGGGAAGUCUGCUCUCCUCCGUAAGGGCUAGCGAUGUGGCACAGGCUAAUCGGCUGCUGUUGCCCCUGCCGCUGAAUGCGUGCCACCGCUGCGAUGUCUGCGGCAAGCUGCUGAGCACCAAGCUCACCCUGAAGCGGCACAAGGAGCAACAGCAUCUGCAGCCGCUGAACAAUGCCGUCUGCAACCUGUGCCACAAGGUGUUCCGCACCCUUAACUCGCUGAACAACCACAAGAGCAUCUACCACCGACGCCAGAAGAACCAUCACUCGUACUUCCAUCAUGGAGCCGGCGUUGGCGGUGUCGGUGUGGGCCAGGCCGGCAGUCCGGGCAGCCGUCUCCAUCAGUCCCUUAGCUCCCUGAGCGCUGCAGCAGCAGCGGCCAAUAACAGUGGAGCCGCUGGCGGCGGCGGGGGAGCCGGCGGCAAUGCAGUGGCAGCCGCCGCAGCUGCGGCCGCCGCUGCUGCUGAGCUUCUGCUGUCGCCCAUUGUGGGUGCAGCGGCUGUGGCCGGGGGCACGGCCAGCUCAACGCUUCAGCUGGCGGCGGCGCACCAGCAGCAGCAGCAGCAGUCGUCGCCGGGCAUUGUCAAGCCGUGCAUAGACUUUUUAUAAGAUCAGCAUCAAUUA